CAGGCAUAACAGUAGCGGUGUCCGGGGGUCCCACUAAAUUCCCAUAUCUUUGCUUCGUCCUGUGCUAAUCAUUUCUCUACUUGCGGUGCAUCAAGGCUUGGCCCUGACACCGUGGUUAGCGAUGAACAACUCUUCGUCGACGUUGGGGACUGCGACCACGGAUGCAACGUCGUCGCCGACACAGCCAACCAGUCACAGCAACUCGAGCAAUCUCUACCUGUUCACAUUCGUGGCGACCUUAUUUGUGUUACUACUGAUCUCGAGCACAAUAAUAUUUCGCUCGUAUAUUCUUCGUCGACGAUACCAGCGCAAUCUUCAGGAAGCUCUUGCAUCAGGUGUCAUUCUCACACCCAGAGAGCAAGGCUCUCGUCGAAAACGUUUCCGUACACGGCCAAAGUUUUACGACGUAUGGCUGGAUCCAACAGGCGAUACAUGGGAAGACAUGAUGCCCGUCUCUGUCCUCCCAGUAAAACCCAAGCGACGCAGAAAAGUCAGUCACAUCGACAAUCGUGCCCAGCGUCGUGGUCCUAGUAUAACAGAACGCUUCGUGAACGCUUUGAGCAUGGGCAGAAACCGAAUUUUCCGUUUACCGGCCGCGCCAUCACCACAGGCACCUCAGGAGGAUCUGGAAUCAUCCCAGCUUGCGGCAGCAUCAGUUCCUAUUUCUUGUGCUCCACCAGAACCUGAAAAAGGGCCAACAACUACAAUAUACACCCCCUCCGUUCCCAUACAAUUCCAAGUUGCCGUCCUUGUUCAGAUGCCUUCUCCCCGCAACAUCCGCUAUCGUGAGGAUAUCUCUUGUACCGAUCGCUCAGAGGAUGCAGAACUUCCAGAAGUGGUUUUUGGGGUUACUCGACUAGUUUGUAAACCUGAUACUCCCGCCAGCGCAUCAGAAUAACGCCCAACGUAUAGCAUUCCAGACAUCAAAACGACUUAUUAAUAGAUAGCACCCCCUCUGUACUCAAAUAACAGUUGGUAGUUCUUGGGAGUUUCUUGCUAUCGCCCCCUUUGACCCAUGAUGCAUGACACCCCAUACAUGUAAUAAUAUCUAAUCGGGUUUCACAUACCCUCUUGUAAACUAUCUGUACCAAUUUGACGG